AUGGACUGGUUCCGUAUGGCCUUGGAUCACUGUUCUCUCCGUGAUUUGGGUUUCCUAGGUCCUCAGUUUACUUGGCAUAAGCUUUUUAUGGAUGGCAGAAGCAUUCGAUCCAAGUUAGAUAGAGCAUUGGUUUCUUCUAGUUGGCUUGGUAAGUUUUCUAAUGCCAUAUUGUAUCAUAUUUCGAACUCUGCCUCUAACCACUGCAUUCUAAGUCUUCGGUUAGGUCUAGUGCGUGUUCCUUUCAAGGGUCAAUCUAAACAGUUCCGUUUCGAAGCUAUGUGGCUUCGUGAUCCUAAGUGUCAAGAUGUCGUCUCAGAGGCUUGGGAGAGAGGUCUUAUGUCCAGUUUGGGUUGCCCAUUAUCUAACUGUUUGCAGGCUUGUCAAGAGGACCUCACGGGUUGGAAUAAGAAGGAAUUUAGGCAUGUAGGGCGCCGGAUUGCCCAGUUGCAGACAAAGCUCCAAACCGUGGAGGCUUCAGGCACAGCAACUAGUGAGGAGAUUCGGUCAGCCAGAUCAGACUUGAAGUUGUGGCUGGAUGCUAAGGAGACCAUGUGGAAGCAGUGGUCUCACAACACGUAG